CUGGAGAGACACCGGCCAACCCAGAGUUGCUGAAUGUUUAGGAGGACAGCGCUUCCUCUGGCUUCUCCACGAUGCUGUAUACUUUAGCGGGAGGGGGCACGCUCUGCGGUUUAGCUGCCCUUGUGCUCCUCAUUGUUUCUACGGCAACUGAUUUCUGGAUGCAGUAUCGGUACUCGGGUAGUUCUGCUAAUCAGGGACUUUGGAGGUUCUGCAUCAACCACAAAUGCCAUGCCCACACCAUAACUGUGGCCUUCUGGGAUGCCACCCGGGCCUUCAUGCUGCUGGCGGUGCUGAGCUGCUUCGCCGGUGUGGUGCUGGGCCUGAGCGCCUUCACUAACGGCACCAAGAACCGGAGGGUCCGCACGGGGGGCAUCGCCCUGGUCCUGUCAGGUUUUCUCGCUCUGCUGGCUUUGGCGAUCUACACCGGAGUGACCGUCACGUUCUUUGGCAAACGCUUCUUGGACUGGCGUUUUUCCUGGUCUUACUUCAUUGCUUGGGUGGCCAUCAUUUUGGCUUUUACAGCAGGUGUGUUCCAGCUCUGCGCCUACCAGCGCACCACUGCAGAACCGGCUCCAUCAAAUAACCAGGAUACCUGAACAGGACAGCAUGCCGUUUAGCUUCAGGACUGUUGCAAUGCAUGUCACUGCUGCUUUUGAGUAUAGAAUGGAAUAAAUAGAAC